CUCCAUAAGCGUAGGGACCACGCAGCCACCUGUGAGCCUCUCGCAGCGGCGGGCGGCGACGUGUAGGGCCGGAGACUGAAGGAGGCGCACGGCGGACCCCGCCUGCCCAGUGGCGGGGCACACACACAGGCGCACACGUCUACAUCCUCGCACCCGCGCGCACUCGCGCAGCCAGCCGGCAGCGGCCACCGCGGCGAUGCUAGCCAGCAGGUCCGGGAAGUUUCCCGCCGGCCUCGGCCUCGGGCGCCCGUGCACCCAGGUGUAGCGCCCCCGCGCGGCGCGGGCGCCUGGGCAUCUCCAGCAUGACCCGCCAGAGCCUGUGGGACGUGUCCGAGGCCGACGUCGAGGAUGGAGAGAUCCGCAUCAACGUGGGCGGCUUCAAAAGACGGCUGCGUUCCCACACACUGCUGCGCUUCCCUGAGACACGCCUGGGCCGGCUGCUCCUCUGCCACUCGCGAGAGGCCAUUCUGGAACUCUGCGAUGACUAUGACGACGCCCAGCGCGAGUUCUACUUCGACCGCAACCCUGAGCUUUUCCCCUACGUCUUGCAUUUCUACCACACGGGCAAGCUUCACGUCAUGGCUGAGCUGUGCGUCUUCUCCUUCAGCCAGGAGAUCGAAUACUGGGGUAUCAAUGAAUUCUUCAUCGAUUCUUGCUGCAGCUAUAGUUAUCACGGCCGCAAAGUGGAACCUGAGCAGGAGAAGUGGGACGAACAGAGUGACCAGGAGAGCACCACGUCCUCUUUCGAUGAGAUCUUGGCCUUCUACAACGAUGCUUCAAAGUUCGAUGGGCAGCCCCUGGGCAACUUCCGCAGGCAGCUGUGGUUGGCAUUGGACAACCCGGGCUACUCAGUCCUAAGCAGGGUCUUCAGCGUCCUUUCCAUCUUGGUGGUGUUGGGCUCCAUCAUCACCAUGUGUCUCAAUAGCCUGCCAGACUUCCAGAUCUCUGAUAGCCAGGGCAACCCUGGUGAAGACCCCAGGUUCGAAAUCGUAGAGCACUUUGGCAUUGCCUGGUUCACAUUUGAGUUGGUGGCGAGGUUUGCUGUGGCCCCUGACUUUCUCAAGUUCUUCAAGAAUGCUUUAAACCUGAUAGAUCUCAUGUCCAUCGUCCCUUUCUACAUAACCCUAGUGGUAAACUUGGUGGUGGAGAGUUCUCCCACCUUGGCUAACUUGGGCAGGGUGGCUCAGGUCUUGAGGUUGAUGCGGAUCUUCCGAAUUCUCAAGCUGGCCAGACACUCCACUGGCCUCCGCUCCUUGGGAGCCACCCUGAAAUACAGCUACAAGGAAGUGGGGCUGCUCUUGCUCUACCUCUCUGUGGGGAUUUCCAUCUUCUCUGUGGUGGCCUACACUAUUGAAAAGGAGGAGAACGAGGGCCUGGCUACCAUCCCCGCCUGCUGGUGGUGGGCCACCGUCAGCAUGACCACAGUAGGGUAUGGAGAUGUGGUCCCAGGGACCACAGCCGGGAAGCUGACUGCCUCUGCCUGCAUCUUGGCAGGCAUCCUGGUGGUGGUCUUGCCCAUCACUUUGAUCUUUAAUAAGUUCUCCCACUUCUAUCGGCGCCAAAAGCAACUUGAGAGUGCUAUGCGCAGCUGUGACUUUGGAGACGGAAUGAGGGAGGUCCCUUCGGUCAACUUAAGGGACUACUAUGCCCAUAAAGUUAAAUCCCUCAUGGCUAGUCUGACGAACAUGAGUAGGAGUUCACCCAGUGAACUGAGUUUAGAUGAUUCUCUCCAUUAGUUGGGAGCCAGACUUACACUGAUUGGCUGCUUGUGCCUCUGGCACGAUCCAGGCACUGUAGGGCUAUGACAUAAGGAGUCAUUCCAACCUAGAGGGAGAGCUGCAUGGGAUACGAGCCCUAGAUUGCUUUUGCAAUGUUUAGAGUCAUUUUCCCCCUUAGGGGAUGGUGUGUCUAACACCAUGCCUUUGCACCUUUCAAUGAAAUGACACUCACUGGUCUUUGUGUCAUGGGCAUAAAGUGUUCAUCUUUCUGCCAGAUGAGUAUCUAGAAUGCAAAUUUCCCUGUCCACUGUGUACACUAUUCUAGUGUGUAUACCCAGUAUUAUCUGUGAGUUGAAUUGUCUGUGCUCCUAUUUCUAAGGCUGUUGUGUGAGUUCUAUACAAAACGCCCUGACAAGUCUGUCCAGUGGAAAUAUUUCUGUCUAUGAGGUGAGCAAGGAUAUCAUGCAAUUUGGAUCACAACUGUGUGAAAACAAUCUCAAUUAUCUAUCCAUUGCUUUCACUUGAUUUUAAUACCAAAAGAGAAAGCUUGCAAAGCUAAGCACACUUGGCCAGUGCAAGUCUUCGGGUUGUCUUUCUACCUGGUCCUGUCCUGUGAUGUGCAUGGAUGCACCAGUCACGUUUAAGAAAGAUGUGUAUUGAUGUGUAUCUACUAAGUGUCAGUGUAAGAGGCAGCGACUCAG